AGCUGCUCUGGCCCGAGGGGCUGGCAGGGCAUGCCCGCGUGGAGCGGACAUGGCCAGGCAGCCGCUCUGGCCGCCGGAGCCACCGGCCGCGGGGCUGUGGGCGGGCGUCCCGUACCGGCUGGUGGAGCACGCCGCGGUGCCUGGCUUUUGCCUGGCGCGCGGCUGGCUCAGCCCCGCGGCGGUGGAGGCGGCCGCCGGCUUCGUGGAGUCGGUGGCGGCCACGGGCGACCUGGGGCUCGGCUGCAGCACGCGCCAGCGGCGGAAGCGGCUGAACGUCUGCCCAUGGGUGGGCGAGGGCGUGGAGGGGGACGCGCAGCGCCGUCGGUUCCUCUUCUUCCAGCCAGCCGGGGGCGUGAACCCGGCGCUGGCCGAGCUCUGCGGCCUCCGCGGCAUCGCCCCGAACCGCGGCGCUUGCCCGCUGUCUUGGCCUACGCUAGAGGGCGGUGGCCAUCCAGGCAGUGGCGCCCUGGCGGCUAUCGAGCAGCGCCUGCGGGAAUCCGUGCCGGACCUGCAGGAGGCCGGCGAGGUCGCCUUGCCUUGCCUCUUCGUGCAGGCCAUGGAGCUGUCCCAGGGCUGCGGCCUCACGCACCACCACGACGACCUGCAGCACGGGGGCCACGUCAUCUGCACCGUGGUGCUCGCUGGCGGGGCGACGGUGGAGAGCCGCGCGGUGUGUGGCGAGCCGGAGGGCGAGCCCGAGUGCGUGGCGGCGGAGCUCUUCCCUGGCGACAUGUACGUGCUGGCACGUGGCGCGCGGUACACCCGCACCCACGCCGUGCGGCCGACCAGCAGCCAGCCGGCGGCUCUCCCUCACGCUCCGGUUCGGGGUGGGCCGCCUUCCCGGCGCUGCGGGCCCCUCGGCGCUGGCCCGGGGGCCCUUCCUGGCGGGGCGGGAGCUCGAGGAGGAGCACGCCACGCCGCGGCCCCGCGACGACCCGAUGGCAGCCCUUGCUGCGCCAUCGGGCGUGAAGCGCCGCCGCUGUGGCUCCCCGCCCUCGGGCGGCGCGGCCGGCGAGGACUUCCGUGGUUCGCUGCGGGGCCGCUCCAAGCUCCGCCCGCCGCCCGGCGCCUCGCCGCCCGGCGCCGCGCCGCCCGCUGCCUCGCCGCG